AGAGAGGGAGAAGAGAAGAAGAUCGAAGACGGUGGUGAUGACGAUGGAUAGAGAGAAGGAGAGAGAGUUGGAGCUGGAGAGCGCAAUGUACACCAACUGUUUGCUAUUAGGAUUGGAUCCGUCCGUGAUCGGGCCCGGAGGCUCCAACGGCACGCCUCGAGUCGGGUCGUUCCGCCAUUCGAACCCGAAGCUCGGAGAACAGCUUCUCUACUUCAUCCUAUCCUCGCUUCGAGGGCCCGUUCAGUCUGCGAAAGAUUUCGAUAAGGUCUGGCCAAUUUUCGAUUCCGCUCAAUCUCGCGAUUUCCGGAAGGUUGUUCAAGGGAUUAUCAGCGAGCUUGAAACCCAAGGGGCGUUACCAAGGAGUAAUUCGAGGGUUUCAUCCCUAGCUACUUGCUGUGGACCAAGAUUCGUGGAGCUCUUAUGGCAACUUUCCUUGCAUGCUCUAAGAGAAGUUCAUAGGCGGACAUUCCCUGCUGAUGUGGCUUCCAACCCUCUGCCUGCUUCUCUGACAGAUGUAUCCUUUUCACAUGCAGCUACGCUGCUUCCUGUAACCAAGGCCCGGAUAGCACUUGAGCGCCGGCGAUUUCUAAAAAAUGCAGAGACUGCAGUUCAGAGACAAGCUAUGUGGUCUAAUUUAGCCCAUGAGAUGACUGCAGAAUUCCGUGGUCUUUGUGCUGAAGAGGCUUACUUGCAACAAGAACUAGAAAAACUCAAUGAUUUGAGGAACAAAGUCAAGCAGGAAGGAGAAUUGUGGGAUGACCUUGUCUCUAGUUCUAGUCAGAAUUCUCAUUUAGUGGCAAAGGCUACUCGCUUAUGGGAAUCUAUAAUGGCUCGCAAAGGCCAGCAUGAAAUUCUUGCAUCAGGUCCCAUUGAGGAUUUGAUAGCUCAUAGGGAGCACAGGUAUCGAAUUUCUGGGUCAGCCCUGCUUGCUGCGAUGGAUCAGAGUUCUCAAGUUCCUCGUGCGGACUUACUCUCUGUCCAGUCGGAUGAUCCAGCUUCAGCACUGACAGAUGACAAAGAACUCAGUGAUGGAUCAUAUGUGAGCAUGCAUGGGGAGGGAAUAAACAGUUUCGAUUCACCAAACUCUCAAGCAAGUGAUGAAACACUAUCUCGGAUAGAUGAUAGAUGUGGAAGGGUCAACCAGACAGUCGAUGUAGCAGAAAUCAUAAGGCGCUGGACUCACGCAUUACAGCGUAUCCAUAAACAGUCCCUUCUCCUGGCAAAAGCAAACGAUGGGGAAGGUCCUGAUAUUUUACGGACUGAGCAUGAUGGUGGUACAAGUGGGCAUGCGGAAUCUUUAGCUGCCACUUUGGCUGAGCAUCAACAACACUUAGCUAGCUUUCAGGUACUCAUCAACCAAUUGAAGGAAGUGGCUCCAGCAAUACAAAAAUCAAUAGCAGAGUGUACAGAGAAAGUUAAUAGCCUUCCCCCAACCUUACCUCCAGUCACAAGAAGCCACAGUCAAGCCACGAAUCCGUUGCCGCUCCGAACCCGUCCUUCUUUCCCAGCCACCGAUGGUGUAUCGAACGAUAUUGCUGAUUUGACCUCCAAAAUGUCUAAUGUUCAGCUCGAGAAGGUCUCAGCGAGUCCUACACUAAAGCUUCCGCAGUUAUUCAGUUCAACUCCUACCUCUUCUGGAAAAGGAGGAAAUGCACAAAAACGGCAUGCUUUGGCUCCUCAGAUCAACAAAAUGGAAAGCUUGACUGAGAAGAACCCUACAGAACCACCACAUACAAACAACUUACCAGUUUUGGUUUCAGAUAGCAAUGGUUCUUUUGUCCAGAACCUGAAGAGAUCUGUAAGAGAAGCAGCUCUUUACAUUCCGUCUUCAGCAGGAUCAUCACGAGACAGCCAAUCCGACGAGUCUGAACACUAUUUCGUACCUCUUUCAGCAGCCGGCUUUUCCCGUAUUCCCCCAGAAACCAAAGGGCCUUCAGUCAGGAGCACAAGGCUAUAUACUUCCCAGAGUGAGCCCUCAUUGCUUGAAUCCCUUGUCUCAGACGACAAUAUUCGGAGCAAGUACAGUGAUAUACCCGACACAUUUGACGAUCUGGAUUCGUUUAAAGAUUACGAUCAUGGAAACGGAUUUCUUUCAGUCGCUGGUUCAAACAGCGUGGCUUCAGAUGGGCAGCAACUAUUCUAUGACCUCGAAGAAGAGUCUCAUGAUCAAGUCUUCUCUCCACCCUUGCUAAUGGACUCGACCCUCUUAUCAGAUGCAUAUGAAGACUUGUUAGCUCCUCUGUCAGAAACCGAAGCCGCUUUGAUGGAGCACUAGUGAUCAAUCCUCCCCCCUUCGCGUUCGGACAAUGCAUCUAAUGUUAUCGUACUUGAACUGAUCUGUUCUGGCCGAGACCGAGAGACUAAGAGAUUCACUGUCAACUCCAGUAUGUGUGUGCGUGUGUGUUGAAACGUUGUAGUUUGAGGUAGAAGAAGUAUUGGCCUCUUGUAUUUGCUUGGAUAACACAAGUGUUUUUUUUUUUUAAAAUUUCCUUGUUAUCUUUAGAAGAGUAUUGAAUUUUCAAUUUUAUGUGAAUUCAAUUUAUCAUUGUUUUUAUUUUGGGUUA